UUUUUUUUUUUUUUUUUUUUUUUUUUUUUAUGAAAGAUUUAGCAAUUAAUUGCAAGGAUACACAAAUAGCUACAAAGCUAGGGUGAAGUGAGUCCUAUAACAUACGCUUUAAUAGUUACAACAUGUCAACUAGAUGUGAAUACAGAUGAGACUUAAAUGAACUUAUACUAGUACAGUCUACUAAAGUAAAGUCCUUGUGGCUAACCAGCCUAUUCCAUAUUGUGAUUGCAUGCGGAAAAAAUGAGAAUUUGUAAAAGGAUGUUCUACAUUGGUAGGGGACCAGAGUAAAACAGUUAACAGUUCUACUACUGUACGUCAUAUUUCUCUUGGUUGCUGGGUUGUUUGGGAAGUCAGUUAGAUUGUGUAGUAUUUUGAAAAGGUGGCAAAGCACCGCAGCAAGGCGCCUCAGCUGCAGAGAAGGAAGCCUGGUCAAGAGGAUGCGUAUUCCAGAUGUGGUCUCACGAACGAUGUAUACAACUUUAACAGUGUUGUUGGAGAAGAAUUCUCAGAGAACCUGCGAUGUAGGAGACCUAUCAACUUCCUUGUUUUAUUACAAAUCGUAUUGAUGUGAGUGUGCCAGCUCAAGUCAGCCGAUAUGGUAAUUCCUAAAUACUUGUAGUUAGAAACCUGCUGCAGUACAUAACCAUUUAGAAGUAGAGUUGGAGCCUUCAAUGAGCGCGAUGUUUUCUUAGAAACGGACAUAAACUUACACUUGCCAAGAUUAAAUUCUAAUAAUUUAGUGUUCAAAAAAUUUGAGACUUUAGAAAUGUCCUUUUGAAGAUUCACGUAGUCAUUAGUAGAUGUGAUAACUCUGUAUAAGGCCAUGUCAUCAGCAAACAUAUUUAGCUUACUGUCUUGAGAAAUAACAUCUGUGACUUGGUUUAUGUACGUAAUGAACAAUAGUGGACCCAAAACCGAACCUUGGGGCACACCUGAGAGAACAUGUAAGCUGUCUGAGUUACUGCCAUCAAUACCCACAAACUGUUUCCUCUCCAGUAAGUAGCUAUGCACCCAGUUUAGUAAAUAUUUGUUAAAAUUAAGUGACUGUAGAUGUUUCAGAAGAUUGACAUGGGGGACAGUAUCGAAUGCCUUUUUGAUACAAUUAAGAUCGAGUACAAUUGUCCUUUGCUAGUGGAGAGUACGAUUGACCUUUGUUAGUAUAUAGCUGUAGUAUGCAGCUAUAGUAAUCCUUGCAGCUGCUUGUUUGUGUGUAGCCUCGUUCCCAUGCCCAGGACAGAAGGAUUUUUCACAGAAGGAAGAAAAUUAGGCCUGGUAUUGAUUGUGUUUGGGCGUGGUUGGAAUUUACUGGGUGUGACCGUUAAUUACCUCUGGAACCAAGGUGUCCGGAUAAUCAAGGUUCCACUGUAGAUUUUAAUGGUCCAAAUAUCAUACAAAAGAUCUGCUCCGAGCCGGCAUCUGAAACUUCCCAGCAAUGGCGUAUCAAUUGUGUAGUCAAUCAAGCCACUGAUAGCAGAAGCUUGAGAGCCUGGGCCUGUUCUUUUAUGAGAGUGACGCGCCUUCUUCCUUCACAAAAACUGCUCAUAAAUAACAGGUUAUUUUCGUAAACAAAGUGAAUCAACUAAGCUAUAAAAUCGCACCAUUGAUCUCAGUGACAAGAUUGAAAACAAGAAAUCAUACCAGAGACGUAAAUAAACAAACUUUUUGUUGCUGGAUCCUUCUUCAAUUAUAGUAAUCAGUUGGCAUGGAAGCCUCAGAAGCGUUGAGUGAGCUUGUUGAAGGUAUAAAGGAAGCUUACAGAGAGAGGCAAUUAAACACUGAGGAACAAUGGCCACCAGUUAGGGGACACAAGCUGAUCAACUUGCAGUUAGUAGAGGUUGAAAAAGAAGAAGGAUUUAGAGCUGGUUUACCACAACAUGGUGCAUCUGAUGAUAAGGUAAAACGCCUUCCAAUUCUCCAUGGCAGCCUGUUCAGAGUCGAAGAAAGCAAGAAGCCAGUCAGAAAGCUCAUUGUUGAAGGUAAUACUGGGAUUGGUAAAACCACACUGUGUACCAUGCUUGCUGAAGGGUGGGCAGAGGGCAAAAUCCUGACACAAUUCGACUGUCUCCUGUUGCUUCCACUAAGAGAUCAGUUAGUCAGCUCAGCUUCUUCUCUUCCUGACCUCCUGGCCCUUCAUCACCCCGAUGAGAUCAUCUGUGAGUCUGUUACUCGGCAACUAAAGAGGACAAGAGGAAAAGGGGUGCUGAUCAUAGCUGAUGGCUGGGACGAGCUCAGUGAAGUAAAUCGUUCAAAAACGUCUUUUCUGUACAAUCUUUUGUUUGGUCGUCUUCUUCCGUCAGCUUCUGUUCUCCUCACCUCACGACCUUCUGCUUCAGCUCCUCUUCACAACAUUCCUUCUGUGGACCGUUUGGUUGAGGUAGUCGGCUUCAAUGAAGAAAAUGUCAAGCAAUACAUAGUGUCAGAGUUUCAGCAAUUCCCAGAGAAAGCUUCUUCUCUUAUCCAGCAGCUUGAGAACAACCCAGUCAUUCUGAGUGUGUGUUCUGUGCCCCUCAAUUGUGCCAUUGUUUGUAACUUGUGGCACACCUUAGACCAAGAGCUUUCUCGUACGCUAACUGAGCUGUACACUCAAAUUGUGCUUAAUAUUAUCCUUCGUAAUGUCAAAAAGAAGUUCCCUGAUUGUCCGAUUAGCCUCAAUAGCUUUGACGAGAUUCCGAAUGAUCUACAAGACACAUUUUGGUUGAUUUGUGAGUUUGCCUACCAAUGCUUACUAUUAGACCAGUUCGUUUUUUUGGAAGCUGAAUUGUCCUUUCGAUUACCCAACGUUGGUGACAAGUUACUGUGCUUUGGUCUGUUGCAGUCUGCUCGAUCACUUCUACCUGUUGGUCAUGGCCUUUCUUUUCACUUUGCUCACCUUACCAUCCAGGAGUUCUUGGCUGCCCUCCAUCUUGCUACUCUACCCAAUGAAGAGAAACUGAAGGUUGUUGAGGCUCAUGCUGACAGUAGCCGGUUUGACAUGGUGUGGAGAUUUAUGUUUGGUCUUGCUAGUAAACACAAUGUCAGUCGUAGUGAUAAGGUGAUCAGUUUGGAAGAUGUUUUGAUGGAUCAAUUUCUAGUGGCUAAAAAGUUUAACAAGUUUGCUUUGUGCCGUAUGUCUUUUGAAACGUUAGACCCUAGCUUUGCAGUAAGAGUUAGCAUUAUGUUUGGAAAAGAUCUAUUAAACAGUGAUUACUAUUCUCCAUUUGAUUGUAUGGCUCGUUUCUAUAUUCUUCGUUAUGUUGAAAGAUGUAAUAACAUUGUCAUCAGAAUAGGUAAUUGUGGUAUCAAUGAUAGGUUGUUGAAGGAAUUAACUGACAUACUUUCCAAUGCAAACGGUAAACUGCAAGUGCGAUACUUAUCCCUCCAGCAGACCAAGUUGUCUGAUAAAAGUGUUGCUGAUUUAUUCAAGAUAGCCUCAGCUGCCUUUACAGAUUUAGAUCACCUCUCGUUAUAUCAAAACAACUUCACUGACGUCAUGUCUUCAUUCAUCCACACAUCUUGCACUAGCCUCACGCAACUGCAUUUGUCUCACAACCCUCUUGGAGUGUCUGGCAUACAGUUAUUAGAGACAGCUGUACAGUCUGGUGCUUUUAUCAACCUGGAGCUCUUGGGGCUCUCUAACACCCUCACUGAAGACGCUGAUGUCAAUGGAGCUCUACUAACAACCCUCUUACAGUCCAUUGCCUCUCACUGUUGUCGUGUGUUAACCUUAUUUCUGUAUGAUAACAAUUUAGGUUUACCUGGAUUAUUUUCGAUUAAGGAGAACAUUCCGUUACGAUUGAAUGAGAUUGGAUUAAGAAUUACCAAUUUCACCACUUUACUUCACUCGGAGUCUCAAUACAGUCAAUUGUGAGAUGCUGAAUAUCA